CUAUUUGUCUUUCACCUUACAACUGGCUUCGUAGCAGAUAUAAACGAACGUUUUGCUUCAAAUUGAAAAAGCCAUGAAUUCUUUUACUAUUUCUCUGCUUUUUCUCGUCGGUAAUCUUUUGAUAGUUGGGGUUCACAGUAGCAGCAUAAUACCCGAAGGUCCUAUGACCGAUCAAGAGCGCAAGGACUGGGAGCACAUGCAGAAACUGCUGGACAUUGAGAUGCAGAAAGCGCGGGAAAAGUACAGCAAGAAGCCCGGCUGCGAUGCUGAGGAGAAGCCGGUACAAGCCGAGAUGUUGAGACCUACAUCCGGUGACAGCUUUGAGGAGGUGUACCGCAAGCACAUGUGUGACAUGUGUAAUGGGGUCGCAGUUCAGCUGGAGAAAGGUAUGGUCAGCGGAGACAAGAGGAAGAAAUAUGGAGGGUCACUCUCUGAGGAUGACGUCAUUGAACUCGCCCAGAAAAUUUGUAGCAAGAAAGUAGACAGCAACCAAGAGCUGUGUAAGGAGUUGAUCGAGCAGCACCAUGAGAUGCUACAGGACCGCUACAGAGAAGGGCCGGGCUACGGUCUGGCUGAGAAGAUCUGCCACUCGAGAUGUCAGCCCCCAGAGAAGGCCAGCCCUAAAGACACGGGUGACGUCAAGGGUAACGGUGACGUCAGCAGGAAAGAUGACGUGAAAAGACAGGAUGACUUGGAAGAGAAAGAUGAGGGGAAAGAGAAUGCUGACGUCAGCAGGAAAGAUGACGCCAACACAAAAGAUGAGGGUAAAAAGAAAGAGGAGGUCUACAAGAAAGAUGAAGUCAGCAAAAAAAUUGAAGGUAAAAAGAAAGAUGGCGUCAACAAAAAAGAUGAAAGUAAAAAGAAAGAUGACGUCAACAAGAAAGAUGACGUCAGCAAGAAAGAUGACGUCAACAAGAAAGAAGACAAAGAUGGCGUCAAAGAAAAGAAGAAAGCAAAGAAGAAGGAUGAGUUGUAAUGUUAUUGAACUGUUUUCAGAUUUUGACCAUCGACCUACCAUCAUGUUAUUUGUUUUUACUCACUACUGCUUUCCUUCAAACUGUUUACAUGUCAGUUGUCUGACUGCUGAUUGUUUUACUCGAAGUUGAUUCGCAUUUUCACCUGUUUAGUAGCGUUGUCUUGAUUUUUUUUUAAAUUUAUUAUAAAGGUUUACACACAUUUUUUUUCAAGGUUUUAAUAAGAAUAAAUAGCAAUUAAUUUCACGUA